AUGUGGAGGAAUAUAAGAGAAUGAAAAGAUCUUAAAAGUCCACAAAAUUUGUGGUUCUCAAUUGUCUUUCCCUCUUUCUCACUUGCUUACUUGGCAUUCCCCACCCCUGUUUUUUAAGCCGAACGCCUUUGGGCCUCUUUAGUCUUCUUCCCCAGACUCCCUCCAUUAAUUCACCAACAUAACUGGAAUCAUUUUUUUCUGACAAAACAAACAGAAAAAAGAGGUUUGGUUUAGUUAGAAAUAUCACUACAACAAGAUAUUAGUCAGUCAUGUCUGAACUUAAGCUGUUCGGCAAGUUGAUUCCAUUGCUGACAUUGAACCGGGAUGAAGCUUUAGUCGAUCAUUGUUGUGGCACAAAUCUUCUUUCUCCUUCUAAUUCUAAUCAUGGGAUUCAAGCUCAGCCUCCCAUGGAAGAAGACAAGGUUGGCGCCGAUUGCUUCCACGCAAUUGAGCAAAAACAUUAUUUUAUGUUUCUUGAUCUUCAAGAGAAGCAUGAAGAAGACGACAAUGGCAGGAUCCCUUUGUCCGAAAGCUCCAAGAACGAAGAGAAGACAUUAAAGAAGCCCGACAAGAUACUUCCUUGCCCACGAUGUAAUAGUAACGAAACCAAGUUUUGUUACUACAACAAUUACAACGUGAAACAGCCCCGUCAUUUCUGCAAAAACUGUCAGAGAUACUGGACCGCCGGUGGAGCCAUGAGGAACGUUCCGGUCGGCGCCGGCCGUCGUAAAGCUAAAAGCUCUUCUUCCUCCGCCGCCGCUUUGCAUUACCAUCAUCACGUUAUGAUAUCCGAAGCUAUCCUUCGAGGUCAAGCCAGUGCUGUUCUCUCGUUUGGUAAUUCUUCUCAUUUGCCUCCGCCACCGCCACCGGCUCUUUACCGUCCUGGAUUUCCGGCAACUUUCUACUCACCGGCACCGGGAAAACAUUCCAGGGACGAAGAAGACAGCGUUAAACCGGAGAACGGAGCUUCAAAUUCGAAAGCUUUGAGGAUCGACGAUACUGCGAAAAGCUCGAUGGUGGCGGCCCUCAUGAUCAAAACCAAGAACACCAUGAACUCAGGAGGUAUCUUCGAUGGCUUCCGAUCGAAAACCGGUGACGACGACAGAAGUUAUCGACUGAGAACAUUCUCGGUGCUGCAAGCGAACCCGGCAGCCUUGUCUCGAUCACUCAACUUCCAUGAAAACACAUGAAAGAAGGAAAUGGACCAAUAUAGGUAAUAGCAAGAGUGGCACAACUUGUAAAUUAAAUCAGACUCUGAUUUCAAUUAUGUACUUGCCAUAUAAAUAAUAUUCUAAGCACAUCGGGAGUUGGGUUCCCAUA